AGAGUGGUGACAGAACUUGUAAAUUAAAUCAGGGAGCAUUUUCUGAAUUUUCAGUGCUGCCAAUUUAAAUGUAAAUUAAUUUAUGAGAACGGAAACGAUUUGGAGGAGAAAUGCCAAUGGAGCAAAAGUAGAUUUAUUCCCUACAUCUUCGGGCCACCGUGAGACACACACAUACUCCUGGCAAAUAAACCAAGUUGCUUGAUUUAAAUGGUGGUCUCAGAGGAUAGGACAAUGAGGUUUUCAGAUAAAACUCAGGAACAGCGGUACUCUGGUGACCUACAGUCCUCAGACUGCUCCUGUGACUUACGGAACUCACUUUCUCUCCCAGCAAGGCUUUUCUUAAGCAAUGUGGCUUGCUUAAGAGCAGAUUGCCUGGGUUUAAAUGUCAGCUCCAUCAUUUAGUUGCUUGGCCUCAGACAAGUGACUUAACUCUUUUCUGAAUCAGUUUUUUCAAAUGUAAAAUGAGGCUGCAACAGUAUCUGUUUUGUAGGAUUGUUGUGGGAAUGAAAUGAAGUAAUACAUUUGGAGCACAGUGCCUGGCAUAUGGUGUCCUGUACGUGUUGGCUGUUAAUAUUAUUAUAUGUCUUAUCUGUACGCCUCUUUCAGCUCAUUGCUAUGGACAGUGCUAUCACCCUGUGGCAGUUCCUCCUUCAGCUCCUACAGGAGCCUCAGAACAAGCAUAUGAUCAGCUGGACCUCUAAUGAUGGGGAGUUCAAGCUCUUGCAGGCAGAAGAGGUGGCUCGUCUCUGGGGGAUUCGUAAGAACAAGCCUAAUAUGAAUUACGACAAACUCAGCCGAGCCCUCAGAUACUAUUAUGUAAAGAAUAUCAUUAAAAAAGUGAAUGGUCAGAAGUUUGUGUACAAGUUUGUGUCUUACCCAGAGAUUCUGAAAAUGGACCCACUGACCGUGGGCAGGACUGAGGGAGACUGUGACGCUGUGAGCUGCAGUGACGUCGGCGGCAGCUGCAGGGACCCUGAGAGUGGGGGCAGAGAGAAGCCCCCGCAGCCCGGGGCCCGGGCCUCCAGCCGCAACGACUAUAUACACUCCGGCUUGUAUUCUUCCUUUACUCUCAACUCUUUGAACUCCUCCAGUAAGAAGCUCUUCAAACCUAUAAAGAUUGAGAGUCCAGCUGAGAAGCUGGCAGAGAAGAAGCCGCCUCAGGAGCCGACACCGUCCGUCAUCAAAUUCGUAACAACACCUUCCAAAAAGCUGCCAGUUGAACCUGUUGCCGCCGCCCUGUCAGGCGGCCCAAGCAUUUCUCCAUCUCCGGAAGAAGCGCUCCAGGUGUUGGAGACUUUGGCUUCUCCCAGACUGCCUUCCCUGGAAGCCCCGGCCUCUGCAGCCGGCGGCACCCCCGCCUUUGCCACGCCCCCCAUCUCCGCCUCCCCUCCUGUGCAGGAGCCCCCCAGGACCCCUUCACCGCCGCUGAGUCCCAACCCCGACAUUGACACCGACAUCGAGUCCGUGGCCUCGCAGCCCAUGGAACUUCCCGAGAACUUGUCACUGGAACCUAAAGACCAGGAUUCAGCUUUGCUGGGAAAGGACAAAACAAGUAAUUCCUCAAGAUCCAAGAAACCCAAAGGCUUAGAGCUGGCGCCCAUCCUUGUGAUCACGGGCAGUGACCCGAGCCCCCUGGGAAUAUUGAGCCCGUCCCUCCCCACAGCUUCUCUCACACCAGCACUUUUCUCACAGACGCCCAUCUUACUGACGCCGAGCCCCUUGCUCUCCAGCAUCCACUUCUGGAGUACUCUCAGCCCUGUUGCUCCUCUGAGUCCAGCCAGACUGCAAGGUGCUAACACACUCUUCCAGUUUCCUUCUGUACUGAACAGUCAUGGACCGUUCACUGUGUCUGGCCUGGAUGGACCACCCACCCCUGGCCCAUUUUCCCCAGAUCUACAGAAAACAUAACCUAUGCACUUGUGGAAUGAGAGAACCAAGGAAUAAAGAAACAGAGUCGUUCAACAUGA